CGCGCGAUGACACGCACCGCGCCGGGCAUCGACGACACGCGGGACAGGAGUGGGGGGGAAGGAAGAGCGCGAGAACGCGGAGAGAGAAGAGAAGAUGGCCGGCGCGGCGAGGGUGCAGCUCGGAUGGCGGCGCUAGUGUAAGACGGCCGAAUAGCGGUACGCGGUGGAAACCAGCCGGGCAACCUCCACCGUUCGACACCACCGCUCGGCGCUUCAGUUCGUGUCCUCUCGCUGUACACGACGGUUGCGUUCGCGCCGGCGCUUCGUCCCUCGCGCAUCGCGAAGUACAAACUGAGCAGAACGAGAAAACGUGUGUAACAGAAGGAGAGAGAGGGAGCGAACGGACUUGUGUGUCGCGCGACGGAAAAACAAACGCGUAGUCAAAGUCGAUAAACAAACGUCGGAACAGUAAUAAUAUACGGGUGUUGUACACAUCGAGAGAUUGUUUUGUUUUUUUUUCCACGCUCGGAGUAAGUCCGCUCUGAAGGUGUCCGCGCCGGUUACUUCGCAGUGAAGCAGUCUACAGUGUGAAGUGGUGAUAUAAUCCAAGAGUGCGCGGAUCCGUUCGCGACGCGUCCCGUCCCCGCGAAAUUCCUCUCGCUGAUAUAUAUUAUACGGUGCAACGAUUCGCGUCGGUACGCGGAGUGGCGAGCCGUUGGGGCAAAAGGGAGAGAGGAGAAAGGGGAGGAAGAAGGAGAGACAGCGCACGCGAGAGAGGAGCGCGUACACGCUCUCUCUCUCUGUCUCUCUCUCUCUCUCUCUCUCCUCGUCGCGUCGCGCGCGCGGUGCACCGCCGCCGUUCGUCCACCUUUCGCGUUGCCGCGAAUGCACGGGAUAAAAUGGCGCUUGCUUUCGUCCGUGCACCUCUAUCGACCGUGACGAACUGUUCGACGGGAUCGCGUCGGCAUCGCUCGCCGGGGCCCUUCUGAGGGAAUCAAACGACGUCCCGUGUGUCUCCCGUCGUCGUUCCUUCCCGUUCCUCGCCCGGAUCGUCGACGUUCGUCGUGAUCGUCGUGCCCCUUUCUUUAUCUCCGUCGCACCGUCGGGGUACCGUGCGCCAAAUAGCGUGUGUGUAUGUGUGUGCAAAUGCCAGAGAACAUCGGGAGCUAUCAUCGCGAGUGCGGCAAUUUCGGAGCAAAGUGCCUGCCGACGAUGGAGUGAAUUCCAGGUUCAUCAGCCAGUAAAACCGCUCUUUGUUUAUGAGGCUUUGAUCCACAUGGAAAGCUGUGGCCGGUGAAGAAGGCGGAGGUGGUGGGUGACAAAGAGGGUGGAGGAAUUCGAUCGGUGGUAGCCGGUGACGAGCAAAGACGACGACGCGAGGCGCGAAGCGGAUCUUUGAGGAGGCAUGAGGAGGCGAGAGUGACGACACUGCAUCCUCGCGCUGAUCGUGAGAGGACCGACGGCCGUCCACUGCGGCAGUGUGGGGUCCACACGGCGAUAAGAAUGGCCCCCUUCAAUAUGGCGGGCGUAGCAGGCCUCCUAGCCACCUGCGCCGCCGUUGCUGCUUCCGCUGCCCACCUUCUGCCGUUGCUGCUGCUGCUAAUCUGCCCGCGAGGGAUCCAGGCGGAUCAAGUUGUUCUCUUGGACACGACGACGGAGGAGAAACUGGACUGGACGAGAUAUCCGUUCGGGCCUCAAGCUAGCACUCCUGGCUGGGUAGAGGAGUCUUUCACGAACUUCGACAAGGGUAUCAAUUGGCGGAGUUACGUUGUAUGCGACGUAGCGUACCACAAUGUGAACAAUUGGCUGUGGACGCCAUUCGUGGAGAGGGGUCCGGCGAACCGCAUGUACAUAGAAAUAAAAUUCACGACCCGCGACUGCUCGCUAUUCCCCGGGAAUGCUCUCAGCUGUAAAGAGACCUUCAGUCUGCUCUAUUACGAAUUCGACGCUGCUACUAAGGAACCGCCUCCGUGGGAGCCAGACAGUUACAGACUUAUCGGUCGCAUAGCCGCGGGUGAGGGUAGAUUCAAUACAAACGCCGAGGUGGUAAUAAAUACAGAGGUAAAGUCAAUUCCGGUGACGAAGAAAGGCGUCUAUUUCGCUUUCCGUGAUCAGGGCGCUUGCAUAUCAAUCCUAGCCAUCAAGGUGUACUACAUCAAUUGUCCCGAGAUCUCGGUGAACUUUGCCCGUUUCCCGUCCACGCCGACCGGUCGCGAAGUCGCGCUCAUUGAACAAACGGUCGGUAUUUGCGUUGAGAAUGCCAUCAAAAUUGAGAAGCCGACUUUCCUCUGCAAAGGAGACGGCAAAUGGUAUCUACCGACAGGUGGAUGUCAUUGCAAACCUGGUUUUCAAGCUGACGUGGAGAAGCAGCAGUGCAAAGUGUGCCCAAUAGGCAAGUUCAAGCACGAGGCGGGCUCCCACACCUGCGAACCAUGUCCGGAGCACAGCAAAGCCUCCGAUUACGGCUUGGCGGAAUGUCGUUGCGAUCAGGGUUAUUAUCGAGCGGAAAAAGAUCCUAAGACUAUGCCUUGUACGCAACCACCUUCGGCACCGCAAAACUUGACCGUCAACUUUGUCGAUCAGUCCACGGUGAUCCUUUCCUGGAACGCGCCGCAUAUGCAAGGUGGCAGGUCCGAUACGACAUAUAAAGUGGUCUGUGAUGCUUGCAGCACGGAUGUCAAAUACAUUCCCAAUACUGAAACUUUCAACGACACGAAGAUCACGAUAACCGGUUUGAACGCGGUGACUACUUAUCGCUUCCAAGUAUUCGCCCAGAAUGGCGUAUCGUUGUUGACCCAAAAGAAGGAAUACGUUGACAUUACUGUUACAACGGAAGCCAGUGUGCCGAGUCUAGUGAGUAACGUUAGAAUCACGAGUGUCAAGAGCUCGGAGCUCAGCAUCAGCUGGGACGCGCCGGUCAUCGAAGUCGGCGGGGACAGCGAUCUCGUCGAACGAUACGAAGUGAGGUGUUACCCGCGCUAUGACGACGCCACUAAUGCAACCGUCAUUCAAACGUCGGAGCUGUCCGCCACGUUCAAAGGCCUAAAGCCUUCCACGGAUUACGCGAUACAGGUUCGCGCCAAGACCACCCGUGGCUGGGGCGAGUAUACGCCGGUGGUAUUUAAGAAGACACCCCACGCUAUGGGUUUAGACUACGUUGGCGAGGACGACAACAUGCAAGUUAGGAUAAUCGCAGGGGCAGUCGUCGCUGUCGUCGUACUUCUUGUGAUUAUUAUUAUUAUGACUGUUUUGAUCCUUAGAAGCAGAUUCAUGCGAUUCAUGCGAUUUCGUUGCAGCAGGGCCUCGGACGAGUGCAACAAGAAGCAGCCCAGCGAUUGCGAUACUCUGGAGUACCGAAACGGCGAAGGACUAGUUGUGACCUACAUGCACUGCAAAAUGGACAGUUCACCGAUUGUGACAACCCAUACCAACAACAAGAGCAAGUCCUCGCUGACCACGCCGCUAUUCACACCUGCAGUGGGGGUCGCCGCGGCGGGCGCAGGCGGCGCAGGCGGUGCAGGUGCGAGGAGUUACGUGGAUCCUCACACCUACGAGGAUCCGAAUCAGGCUGUACGGGAAUUCGCCCGAGAGAUCGACGCCGGAUACAUCACGAUAGAAGCAAUCAUAGGUGGCGGAGAAUUCGGCGAUGUCUGCCGAGGGAAGUUGAAAUUGCCUCCUGAUGGACGGACGGAAAUAGACGUGGCUAUAAAAACGCUGAAGCCGGGCUCUGCGGAUAAGGCGCGUAACGAUUUCCUGACGGAGGCGUCGAUAAUGGGCCAGUUUGAGCAUCCCAACGUGAUAUUCUUGCAAGGCGUGGUGACGAAGAGCAAUCCGGUGAUGAUCAUCACGGAGUUUAUGGAGAAUGGCAGCCUGGACACUUUCUUGCGCGCUAACGACGGCAAGUUCCAAGUGCUUCAAUUGGUGGGGAUGCUACGUGGCAUUGCCAGCGGUAUGCAGUAUCUUGCGGAGAUGAAUUAUGUGCAUCGUGAUCUCGCCGCGAGAAACGUGUUAGUCAACGCCGCUUUGGUUUGCAAGAUUGCCGAUUUUGGACUCAGUAGAGAGAUCGAGAGCGCUACGGAAGGAGCUUACACGACCAGGGGCGGUAAAAUCCCGGUACGGUGGACGGCACCGGAGGCGAUAGCCUUCCGUAAGUUCACCAGCGCCUCCGACGUCUGGAGUAUGGGCAUCGUGUGCUGGGAGGUAAUGUCAUAUGGCGAGAGGCCAUACUGGAACUGGUCGAAUCAAGAUGUGAUAAAGUCGAUCGAGAAAGGCUAUAGGCUUCCAGCGCCGAUGGACUGUCCGGAGGCUAUUUACCAGCUGAUGCUCGAUUGCUGGCAGAAGGAGCGCACUCAUCGGCCGACCUUCGCCAAUCUCACGCAGACUUUGGACAAGCUUAUACGAAGUCCGGACACGCUAAGAAAAAUUGCUCAGAACAGGGGCACCAAUCCACUGGCGCCGGACGCGGUGGACCUAACGCAAUUGACUUCUGUCAGCGAAUGGCUGGCUUCCAUCAAGAUGUCACGAUACGCGGAGAGCUUCGAGCAGGCAGGCGUGACAACGUUGGAGGCUGCGGCGCGUGUCACCGUCCAGGAGCUCACGGCUCUCGGUAUAACGCUCGUGGGACAUCAGAAAAAGAUUAUGAACAGCGUGACGGCGUUACGGGCGCAGAUGUCGGCCACCUCGCAGGGUUUCCUCGUGUAAUAGACCGCGAUAUAUUAGGAUUACUCAAAUCCUGCAAAGGGAUCGUAUGUAGGAAUCGGUCGAUCGGCAUAGAACUUCACUAUCUUAAGGAUCUCACGAAUUUCCAACCUUCUCCGAGGUGUCCCGUGAGACGAACCACGGGAGAUGACGAACCAUGUAACAUCUAGGACUCGUGAUUACCUAGUCAGAGCGAGAAUGUCCUCGAGAGAAUAUCUGUUCGCGCGCAAGUAGAUCCGGUAAAAUAGUCCGAUGGUUGAUUGAGAUGAAUAUUCUUGAAUAUCUCCAAAGUAACACGCAAACGCUGUCUCACCGAGAGAUUCCAAGUACUCGUACUGCAGACAUUCCACGUUAAUGAGAAUCGAAGAGAUUCAUUCAUUCAGAAUUCCCCUUGAUAAAGUCAGGAGAAAACGAGAAAGUACGAGAAUCAUGCAUUCGUUAUGUUGCAUUUAAACUACAUACAACGACUUAUCAAACUCGUAAAUAACUCGCGUAAAUAAUAUCUAUAAGUGUCAAAGGAAUUAUUUAUGAACGAAUAAUGUCAUUCUCACGUUCAGAUCGAUCAAGACGUAAAAAUCGCUCUAAAAUGCAUUUGGCGGGAUCAAUGUAACACACUUUCUUAUAUGAAUAAUAAGCGCCGAUUUAAUCUUUCGUUUCUUAGGCCAUUUUCAUAAUCAAUGUAUCUAAAGAUUAGACUGACAAUGGAGAUGCACGAAUCAUCUCUGUAAUUACUGCCACAAAUCUCAUGUUACAUCUUUCAAUGUACGAACAGCCUUUUACUUUAAAAUGCCUGUGUAAAUCGAAUUGUAUAUGCUGUAUAUUUUUCUUCGAAGAUUCAUUGAAAUUUGCAGCCAAAUUAUUUUUUAUUCGUCGCGUUUGCAUUUUGUAUUGAACGAAAGUAUUAUAAUACGUAUUAUAUAUAUAUCUGCGAUAUAUAAAACAUUGAACGGCGAGCUAUAUGUCGGCCUAAAUGUCGUUUGAACACGUCUGCUCCUGGGCCUCGCUUUUUCUAAGUAUAUUAAAAUUAUGUCUCUCUUUACAUAACAAUCGAUAUAGUAAUAUGCCUGAAAAGAAACAACGCGACGAUUUAGAAAAGUAGAGAACCGUAUCAUGAACUGUACCAAAAACUGUAAUAGAUUUUCUGAGAUUCAUUAUUUCGUGUAGCGAAUGUAGCAAAUACAUUAUUCUACGUCGCCUCGACAAUGUACACGAUUGAGAGACCAAGGACGAUGAGAAUGAAUGUUUACAAGACGUCUUUUAUUAACUAUAACUUUACGAUGACGAUAAAUUACGUUUCGCUUUCGCGUCAUCUAUAUAAGAACGUCGUAUCACGCGGCCUAUAUGGGACUAUAUCUUUCGAUUAUAAGAAAAAACGACAAAACGAACAAGGCGGAACAUGUGCCAACGCGAGUGUGCAAAAGUUAUUUUAGCGCGAGACACGACGUAAACGAGAGGAUGCGUGAAUGUAUACGAGUUGUGUGUAUGAAAUUGGGAGAAUCUGCAACCCGCUCUUCGCGCUAUAUUAGUAUGUACACGAGCGUGCAAUCACGAGAAAUUAUUCUAUAUAUACGUAUAAAGAUAUCUAUUGUACUAUAAAUAUGCGAGACAUGUCGACUAGGAAGGACGAACAAAGAAGGAAUCUCUAUCGAUAAGAGAAAUUGCCUAACGUGAAACCACGAGAAAAAUCUAUUCUCGCUUCGAAAGAUAAAGAGCACGAAACGUGAGAGAGUGGAUAAACAGUUUCGAACGCGCUUCCCACUAUAGCAAGCAAUGCGUCAACAUAUCAACAUUAUUCGGAAUGCAAAGCGAGCAAAGCAGAAAGGGAUUUGCGUGCACAAACUUAUCGUUGCUCCGAAAUCUCGAGUCGACACGACUUCUCGUCAUUCUUCGCUAGAUUCCAGCGAAUGACGAAAGAGAAAAAUUUAAAAAGAGAGACAUGUAAAAAGAAGAACAUGAGCGCGUAAAGCGGGUAUGAAACAAAAUGUGUGGACAAAAUACACGCGAUACGUAUAUGCGAGCGACUCUGCGCUCGAUAAAAGCAUCGAAGCUCGCCGACGAGAUGAUCUUCAUCGAACCAUUCAUUUUUUCACUUUCAGUCCGAUCGAGGAGUUUCCUCAUACAAAGCAACGUCCAUUCCAAUAUACAAGUAUCCGCAUAAUAGGAAUUUUUUUUUUUUUCUUAGAGAACAAAAGAGAGAAAGGCAAAGAGAGAAACAGGAGCUUGCUUCAUCGUAUUUUGUUAUCUAAUCGUAAAGAUUCUUACUCGAACCGAUAUGUACCCGAGGUAUAUACGUUAUCGGCUAUUUGUUUUUAAAGAGACCAACAGAAAGAAAUAUAUAUACAUAUACAGAAAUAUCACGCAUGAGAUUAAAACAGCUUCCAAGUGAGUUCGGCAAGCCACGAAAAAAUUCUUUGUAUUCUUUAAUUUAAUGAUUUAACGUGUUUAAUAAUGUAUAAUCGACGAUAUCGAAAUGAUGAAUAAAAGCGGAAGGCGCGCUUCAAUAGGCGAGAUUUCACGCUCGAUCAAAGAUACAAAGCGGACAACGACAAAGUGAAUGACGUAGCGUUUACGCAGCCAGCCAAUUCUCUAUCCAUAUUGCUCUCCCUGUCUUUAAUCAUAAAGAGACGAGAGUCUCUCCUGCGAAACGCGCCGAAUUAAAAUCGUCUGAUUUCGCUCCUGUCUGGAAGUACGAUCCAACGAUGCUUCGACCGUUCCCUCGUAAAUAAAAUAUUGCUCGAGGUUAAAUUAAUACUCGGAGCGUUAAAAAAAAUAUCGAGAUACGUCCUGGUGUCUUUCGGUUCGCCAUGCUACCUUCCGCGUUCGUUUCGCAAAAAAAGAGAAAGAGAAACGGAAAACGGAAGACCGCAAGCAAGACGAGAGCAAAAUCUCCCUUAGGAAAAACAAAAAAAAAAGCGAGAGAGAAAGAGUAAACUACUAAAAAUGGCGACGAUUAAGAAGCAAUAAGUGAAUACACGCAAAUGCAGAUUUUUAUAUAGAGAAUGUUAACAAAUUUCAGAUGAUAUUAAUUAUAGCGCUAUCUUCCUAAAUGUUCGUAUUAAAGAUUAAACGAAAAAGUACGAUAAAACGUAAGAGAGAUUGCGUGGAGUCUCGACCGAAAAAGAAUGGAGAA